AUGGAUACACACACGCUCAAAUCCGUUUCAGAUUUGCCUCCGAAUUUCCGAUCAGCUUUUAGUUUCAGAUACUUCAACUCGCUGCAGAGCGAGUGUUUUCCACUUUGCUUCCACUCAGAUAUCAACAUGGUUAUCUCAGCUCCCACGGGGAGUGGUAAAACCGUUCUUUUUGAGCUGUGCAUCUUGAGGCUGCUGAAUAAGUCUAUCUCUAGUGAUGGAAGGUUUCUCCAUGCUAAAGGAGCUCUUAAAACAGUUUACAUAUCUCCGUCCAAGGCUUUAGUACAGGAGAAGCUGCGUGAUUGGAAUCAGAAGUUUAAUUCAUGGGGGAUCAGUUGUUUGGAGCUGACUGGUGAUAACGAAACCUAUAGCUCAAAGAAUAUACACGACGCAGAUAUUAUCUUGACCACACCUGAGAAAUUUGAUGCAGUGAGUCGUUAUCGCGUUACUAGUGGAGGCUUAGGUUUUUUCGGUGAUAUAGCACUUGUGCUCAUUGAUGAAGUUCACCUGCUGAAUGAUCCACGAGGAGCUGCUCUCGAGGCAAUUGUCAGUAGAAUAAAGAUUCUUUCUAGCAAUCAUGAACUAAGGCUAAGUACUUUAGCCUCCGUGCGUCUUCUGGCUGUUUCAGCUACAAUUCCAAACAUUGAGGAUCUAGCGGAAUGGCUCAAGGUUCCUACUGCAGGAAUUAAGAGGUUUGGCGAAGAAAUGAGACCUGUUAAGUUGACAACUAAAGUUUUCGGAUAUGCUGCUGCCAAGAAUGACUUCCUCUUUGAAAAGAAAAUCUAUGAAUUUGCAGACAUUUUAAUGCAAUACUCAAAAGGAAAAUCUGCCUUAGUUUUCUGCUCGACAAGAAAAGGCGCUCAAGAAGCUGCCCAAAAGCUUGCGCAAACUGCAAUGACCUAUGGCUACUCAAAUCCAUUUAUUAAAAGCAGAGAACAGCUGGAACGAUUAAGGGAGGCUUCGCCAAUGUGCAGUGACAAACAAAUGCAGUCUUAUAUUCUCCAAGGCGUUGGUUAUCACAACGGUGGUCUUUGCCAAAAAGACCGCAGCCUCGUAGAAGGGCUCUUCCUUAGUGGAGAUAUCCAAGUUCUUUGCACGACCAACACUCUUGCUCAUGGAAUCAACCUGCCUGCACAUACAGUCGUCAUCAAAUCAACUCAACAUUUCAACAAGGAAAAAGGUCACUACAUGGAAUAUGAUCGUUCCACACUAUUACAGAUGUGUGGCAGGGCUGGUCGGCCUCCAUUUGAUGACACGGGAAUGGUUGUUAUUAUGACUAGAAGAGAGACGGUCCAUCUGUAUGAGAAUCUCUUGAAUGGAUGCGAGGUUGUUGAAUCACAAUUGCUGCCAUGCUUAAUAGAGCACCUAACUGCAGAAAUAGUUCAACUUACUGUCUCUGACGUUACACGGGCAAUUGAGUGGAUGAAGUGCUCAUACUUGUAUGUCAGAAUGAAAAAGGCAGGUUCACAUGCUAUCUCAAAUCCUGAGAAUUAUGCUAUUAAGAAAGGAAUUCCUAAAGAUCGAGUAGAGAAGCAUUUGCAAGAGCUUUGCCUUCAGAAGAUCAAUGAGCUGUCAAGCUAUCAGAUGAUAUGGACUGACAUAGACGGUUUUGUUUUGAAACCAGAAGGUAUUGAGAUUUAUGAUUGCAUAUUUUUCAAUUUCAAAUUUAAUUGUCUCUCGUUGGUUUGUGUAGAGCCCGGAAGACUGAUGACAAAGUAUUAUCUAAAGUUUGACACAAUGAAAUACAUUAUUCAUGCGCCAACGGGAUAUAGCUUGGACGAGGCUCUUCAUAUUGUAUGCCGUGCUGAAGAGAUAUCUUGGAUACAGCUCAGACGAAACGAGAAGAAGACCUUAAAUGAUGUAAAUGCAGAUAAAGAAGGGCGGCUCAGAUUCCACAUCAAUGAUAAUAAAGGAAAGAGGAAAAAACGCAUCCAAACCAGAGAAGAGAAACUCUUUGUGCUUGCAAAUGAUUGGUUGACUGGGGAUCCUUCAGUCCAUGAUUUAUCCAUGACUCAGGACGCUAACUCGAUAUGCUCGAAUGGAUCCAGAAUAGCUAGAUGCAUGAAAGAGUACUUUAUAUAUAAAAAGAACUAUAAAGGAACGAUUAGCUCAACUCUUCUUGCCAAAUCACUCUUUCAAAAGCUCUGGGACGACAGUCCCUAUUUGCUGAAACAAUUGCCUGGCAUUGGAAUGGUUACAGCAAAGGCACUUCAUUCGAUGGGAGUCAGGUCAUUUGAAGCUCUUGCUGAAGCUGAUCCAAGAAGGAUAGAGAUUGUUACCGGUCGAAAAUAUCCUUUUGGAAAUCAUAUCAAGGAAUCUCUGUCUUCUCUACCUCCAAAAGUAGAAAUCAAGGUUGAGGAAGUUGAGUGUCAGAAGCAAGGGGUAUCUAAACUAGCAGUCACAUUGACUCGGCUAUCACAACCUCUCGUAUCCACAAAGCGCCAUUAUGCUGAUAUGAUUGUUGGUUCAGAGGAAGAAAAUCACAUCCAUUUUCAUGAGAAAAUAAGUCCCUAUAGCGUCACGAUACUCCUGGAGAGGCCCCAACAGGCUAAGGUGACUGUGAAGGCUGAUCUCAUCUUUGAAGAGUACAUUGGUAUUGAUCUCCAUGAAUCACUUAUAUUGAAGAAGGCAAGCAACAACACAGUAAAUUACAAAAGCGAAAACAGGCUGCCACAUUAUUAUCCUCCUAUGGUGAAUGUCUGCAUAGUAGAUGAUGAUAACACCCCAGUAAAAUCUGCACCUCCAAACCGGAAGGAUCAAAAAGAUGAUAUGCCUAGUUUCAAGCUCAUAGAUGAAGACUCAGAAGAAGAGAAAGAGUCCUAUGUGACGAUGGAAGAAGACGACUGCGUCAUUAUCAAUGAACAUACAGUCUUUGACCACAUACGUCAAAAAGCAAAGUGUUAUCCAUCAUUGAGCACUUUGAAUCCAACAUCUCUGGCAUCAGAGAAAUCAACUCUGAAAAGGAAGAGCUUAGUGAUAGAUUCUCCUGAGCUCGAUCCUCUAUUUCAGUAUGAUUCUGUGUUUGCCUCACCUACAACUACCAAAGACAUCAAACAAACCGCACAGCAAAUCACAAGCCCGGUUUAUGCAAGCAACGGGAAAACAGAGAGACCAUUCUCAGAUGAAACAAUAUUCAACUACAUAAGGAAAAGGUCCAAGAACUCUCCCAUACUCGCCACAUCAAAAAUGGAGGAUCAUAUAACCAUCUUUCCUCAAGAAGGAAGAAACGCAGAGACAAGUCCGUAUAGAUCAAACGGUUUACUGACUAGUCCUUCUGCUAAAACACGAAGCAUCAAAUCUGAUACACCUGCUGAGAUGCUGUCGUUUGACAUCUCCAUGGCAAAGAGAUCCAACACCAACUUAGAGGAGGAGAAGAAAGGAUCCUGCUCCACACAUGCAGGUAAGUCCAAUGGUACUUCUGAUUCUUUUCUUGGAUUUAAAAGCAUCUUCUCUUUUCUGUGA